GGCGAACAUUUGUUAGAUUUAUAGUAAGGAAUUCGCCUCACAACCACAGAAUUCGCGCUGUGAAAUGUUCUCCACAUACUCAACAGAGAAUAUGACGAGAAAUAAAUAUAUGUAUUUUCGGCAUAGAAAGGCGUGGCAUGUAUGCCCAAGCAGAGAACAUGAAGAGAUAUAAAUAAAUGUAUGCAUGCUCCUUAUGAUACUCCCAACAACAACAUUGUGAGCCUAAUGCCGGUAUUCUGCUUGUCACAGUUGUCUCAUGUCUCUAAUUGAGACAAUUGUAAUUUAGUGACUCUGUUAGUCAGGAUGUCUCAUUUUGCUAUUCUGGCAGAUACAGUCUCAAAAAUAUUCACCAAAUAGUAUGGUGAAAAGAAGGGCAGCAAUCAGCUGUUUAGUUUAGCUGAUUAGAGAUGAGUGCAAGUGCACAAUCGUAAUGUAUGAAACGAUUGCAUGCAAUUAGUUUUUUUUUCAUAAGAUUUCAGCAGUAAAACUUCUUCUUAAUAAUUGCACAGUACAAUUAUUGAAAACUAAUACUGAAAUAGUUUAUAAUAAAUGCUUAACAUAUGCAUUUUAUCUGAAUCAAUUGUCAAGUAAAUAUGAAAAAAUUUAACAACACAGUUAUCGAUUAACACAUGUGUUCAUCCUUAUAUUUGAUAAUAAUGGAAAAGGAAGAUCAUAAUAAAGUGUCGCGCACCUCGAAGGAGCAAAUAGAGUGCUACCUUAACUUUGUGCAAGUUCAUCCUGAAAUAAAGUUGCACAAAAACGAUCCUUCGCGGCCAAAAAGAAUGGAGGAGCUUUGGGCGGAACUCUCCGCGCAAUUAAAUGCACUAAAAGGGCCCACCCGGAACCCCAACAAAUGGAGAGAGAAUCUGACCCAUUGGAAAAACCAAGUAAGGUCUCGCGCAAGGAAAGCCAAGGCGCACAAGCUGGUGACAGGUGGCGGUCCCAGCUCAACAAUAGAGCUCUCCGAAACGGAGCAGAGAGCGUUGGAUACGUUGGGGGCAGUCGCUGUUGAUGGGUUGACUGAGGUACCAGCCAUUGGCACAGAGGAAUAAGUAGUAUUCACAGCUGCACCAUCGCCCCUCAAUACGACUUCGGAUGCGUCCAAUGACGCCACUCCGUCAUCGUCUCGCAGAAAAAAAAUGACGACGGACGAAAUGUUCCUUAACUAUAUGGAUCUUAUGAAAGGGAAAGCCGAGGAGGAAAGAGAUUUCCGUAUAAAAACGUUAGACUCAAUUAAUAAACACACGGAGUCUAUCAAUAAUUUAGCGGCAGCGAUGGUGUCGCUUGCUGAAACUAUUGUGAAGAAAACAGAUGAGAAAAAAUGAAAAAUGUGUACAUUAAUUGAAAUAUUUAUGCUGUGUUUUUUGUACAAAAAGUAAAAAAGAAAAAUGUUCCUUUUUAUGUAUAUAAGUAUAUGUAUGUUCCUUUUUAUAUAGAUAUAUUUUUUAUUGUUAUGUUUAUUUAAUUUAAAAAUGAAAUAAAUGAAUUUUGAAUUGAAUUAUA